GAUGAUGUCAUGGUGUGCUUCUGUUGUGUUGAUGAUGAUGGCAUGUUGUAUAGAGGUGGUGUUUGAUGUCAUGGUGUGUUGAUGCUGGUUGUCCUGCAGCCCUGGAGCCAGAGAUCAACAGGGUGGGGGGUUUCCGAGUGGUGGAGACCUCUAUGAGGAGGCUGCGCUUUAUCUGGACACAAGUCCCUGGGGUAACAGGAUACCGCAUCUACUGGAGAUCCUCUGCAGGGGAGCCAGAGAAGAGCCGUCUGAUUGGUGGAGACGCGUCUUCGUUGGACCUGGAUGGGCUCCAGCCAGGGCUGACCUAUACGAUCCGGUUUGCAGCGGUUCUGGGGAACCGAGAGGGGGAUGCAGUGUCUGUCGUGGCCAGCACAGCCCCCCUGCAGCCUCCUUCCAGACUGCAGGUGUCUGACGUCACCCAGACAUCAAUGCUGCUGAGCUGGAGCCUGGUGCCCAGUGCCAGCGGGUACGUCCUGAGCUGGAGAGAUUCCCGAGAUGGAGAGGACCAGCAGAGGAUCACACUGCCUGGGUCAGUGGGGUCGUACCGGAUCACAGGGCUGCGCCUGGGCCAGCAGUACGGCGUCACCAUCCAGCCUGUGUUCGGUUCAGACCUGGGACCAGAGACAACUGUCCAGGGGAGAACAGCGUGCACUGAUGGCCGGGUGGAUUUGGUGUUUCUGGUCCAUGGUUCGAGAGACAGUGUCCAGUAUGCAGAGGCCAUCCGCUCUCUCCUGUACAGCACUGCUGCCUCCUUUUCCCGGAUCGGAGUGCAAGACACACAGGUGGGGGUGGUAGUGUACGGCUCGCGGGGGAAGGUGUGGUUCCUGCUGAAUCGACACAGCGACCGCGAGACCCUGCUGCAGGAUAUCGAGGCUGUGCCCUUCGACGACACCCCCGGCAACAGCAUUGGCGAGGCAGUAAAGUUCGCUCAGCAGUUUGUCUUUGCUGCCUCUGCGGGCCGCCGUCUCCAAGUCCCCGGUGUCCUCGUCAUCGUCGCCGACGGACGAUCAGCGGACGACCUCGGUGCUCCCUCGGAGGCCAUCAGGGCUGCCGGGGUGACCGUGCUGGCCGUGGGGCUGGGCCAGGCUGAGUCGGAGGAGCUGCGCCGCGCGGUGACCGGCGGCAGCCCGAGCAACGUCCUGUUCGCCCGCGACACGGCCCAGCUGGCCCGUCUCCAUAGCGACCUGGCAGAGCUGGUGUGCAAGAUCUCCCUGGGGCAGGGUGGCGGGCAGGUGCCCAGGCCGGAGCAGUGCACAGUGCAGUGUCCACAGGGUGAGAAAGGAGAACCAGGUGAAAAGGGAAAGAAAGGCAGAGAUGGGAUUGAUGGGCAGAAAGGAGAGCCUGGUCGAGAUGGUCUUCCAGGAAGGGAUGGAACACGUGGACCCCCUGGGCCCCCAGGGUUGCCAGGGAACAGCGAGGGGUCUCAGACCGGGCAGCCUGGGGAGAAGGGAGAGAGGGGUUUCCCGGGACUGAGUGGGGCACCUGGUUCGCCUGGACGACCGGGGAAUCCGGGGCCACCUGGACUUCCUGGCAGUCAGGGCUUGCCUGGAGGCAGAGGAGACCCUGGGGGGCCGGGUGCUUCAGGGCCAGUGGGGUUGAAGGGCGAGAAGGGUGAAAGGGGGGAUCCGGGUGUGGCAAUCGGUGGUGGAUUGCCUGGACGUAAAGGAGAACCUGGACUUCCAGGCCUGCAGGGCAUUCCUGGGCGCUCAGGAGCUGAAGGAGCAAGAGGGGCCACUGGGCCACAGGGACCUCCAGGAUCGCCAGGCCAGCCAGGGUUAUCAGGCAGCCCAGGGGUCUCAGUCAAGGGAGAGAAAGGAGAGAGGGGUGAGAGGGGCCCCCCGGGCGUGGGGAGCGGCGAGGCCGUGAAGGGGGAGCGCGGACUGCCUGUGAGUACUGACCUCCUCUCUCAUCGAGCCCCGCAGCCGGACCGCUGCCCCGGGGCCGAGCGAUUCCUGCAGCUGACUCGCCCCCUUACUGGUGCACCUGGGCCUCCAGGACUCAGAGGCUUGCCUGGGCCCGGAGGCCAGUCGGGAGAGAAGGGUAAUGAAGGAGCUCGUGGAGAGCCUGGAAGAACUAUUCAAGGGCCAGCAGGGAACAAAGGAGACAAGGGGGAACGGGGACUGCCAGGGCCAGAGGGCCCCAAAGGUGUGAAGGGUGACCCCGCGGAGAAAGGUGAAAAAGGCUCACCAGGCUACGGUGUCCCAGGACAGCCUGGACCCAAAGGCGAACAGGGAGAGAGGGGGAACAUCGGCCUGACAGGGAGACCUGGAGUGAAGGGUGACCCUGGAGAUCCAGGAGAGAGGGGGGACCCAGGCAGGGCAGGUCCUCCAGGACAGAUUGGACUCAGAGGAAAAGAGGGGGAGAAAGGAGACAAGGGGGACGAGGGCACCCCGGGUGAGAUGGGCUUGCCAGGGAAGCCAGGAGAGAGGGGCCUGAGGGGGUUGGGAGGACAGCCGGGUCGUCCGGGAGAGAAGGGUGACGUAGGCGACCCUGGAGAAAAUGGACGAAAUGGCAGCCCAGGACCUGCUGGCUCCAGAGGAGAGAAGGGAGACCGGGGCCCAGAGGGCCCCCCCGGCCCCCCAGGCAGGGUGAUUGACCUGGAGAGAGAGCUGAGGGGCGACAGGGGGGAAAAGGGCGACCCUGGUGAUCCUGGGGAGCAUGGGGCCAAAGGUCAGAAGGGGGAAUCGGGUCCCCCUGGGCAACUUGGUGAACGAGGAGAUCGCGGGCCUCCAGGCCUGGAUGGGCGCAAUGGACUGGACGGCAAGCCAGGCUCUCUGGGACCCGCAGGCCUGAGGGGAGAUCCGGGGAAGCAGGGGGACCCUGGUCGGGAUGGUCUCCCAGGACUGCGGGGGGAGCAGGGACCUCCUGGGCCUGCGGGGCCCCCUGGGAGUCAGGGCUCACCUGGAAAACUGGGUGAGGAUGGGAAGCCUGGACAGCCUGGGAAGAAUGGCGAGGACGGCACUCCUGGGGAAGAUGGAAGGAAGGGUGAUAAAGGGGAGGCAGGAAGCCCUGGGAGAGAUGGUCGGGACGGGGUGAAAGGAGAAAGGGGGGAGGUGGGGCCUGCAGGUCCUCCGGGCUCCUCUGGUCUCCCUGGAGUCCCUGGCAAUCCUGGACCUCCCGGACAGACAGUCUAUGUGAAAGGAGGGGAAUCCACAUCUAUCCCAGGACCUCAGGGUCCUCCUGGCACUCCGGGAAUCCCAGGAGUUCCUGGCACUGCCGGUCCCAGAGGUGAAAAGGGAGCCCCAGGUCCCAAGGGAGACGCGGGGGACCCCGGUGAGGAUGGGACACCUGGCCGGCCUGGGACACCAGUGGAUGUCAAAAAAGCCCUGUCUGAAUAUGGAAUUGAGAUCCUGCAUCUGAAGCUGGUGGUGGACGAGAAGGAGAAGUGGGAAGAGAGGGUGAAGGAAGCGGAGAAGGGGGCGAAGGGGGAGAAGGGCAACACAGGAGACAGAGGUCCUCCUGGGCCACAGGGUCCUCGCGGUGACUUGGGAGAAAGAGGCCAGAAAGGGGAGGCAGGUGAGGCCGGGCCGGCUGGGCCACAGGGACCCCCAGGUCGUGCUAUUGGGGAGCGUGGCCCAGAGGGGCCCCCAGGACAGGCAGGGGAGCCAGGCAAGCCAGGCAUCCCUGGGGUCCCAGGACGGGCAGGGGAGCUGGGCGAGGCGGGGCGACCAGGCGACAAGGGGGAGCGUGGAGAGAAAGGGGAGAAAGGCAGUGGGGGAAAAGAUGGCCAGGCUGGGCCCCCUGGCCUCCCAGGACCCAAGGGGGAUCCUGUGGAUAUGUCAGGUGCAGGGCUCCCAGGAGAGAGGGGGCUACCUGGACUGCCUGGACAGAAGGGGGAGCCAGGGCUCCAGGGACCAGCAGGCUCCAAAGGAGACAAGGGGGCAGAAGGAUCACGUGGGGAUAAGGGCGAGAGAGGUGACCAGGGUGAGAAGGGACGAGAUGGGUUUUCGGGGUCUCCUGGUGAACCAGGGCAGCCUGGACCUGAUGGGAAGCCAGGCCUGCCUGGGUUCCCCGGAGUGCUGGGCAGACCGAUUGGCAGGUCUGGCACUAGACUCCCUCUGGUGUCGAGAGGACAGGGACACAUGACCGAGACCAGAGCUGCAAGACUGUUUUUCUCAGUGGCAGAACAUCUUUCUAAAUCGAACCCUGCACCGGCUCCACCUUGCAUGCUGCACCUGAGCCAUGCAAGCUCAUCUGAGAGACGCCGCCCUGCUGAAUCAUCCAGUCCUGCCUGUGAGCUCUCUGCACAUGCAUCAGCACCGUUAUUAACAAUUGCAAGUGUGUUGUAUAGUGGAAACCCGGGAGAACCAGGAACUCGAGGACCCCCAGGUCCUGCUGGCCCCAGCGGUCCACAGGGGCCCCCUGGACUAAAGGGUAACCAGGGUGAGCCAGGCAUUGGGAUUCAGGGACUGCCAGGGCCACAAGGCAACAUGGGACUGCCAGGUCCUCCAGGGCCUCCAGGAGCUGCAAGUCCUCCGGGCCCCCCCGGGCUGCCGGGCCAGGUGGGAGAAUCGGGAAAGCCUGGCGUUCCCGGCCGAGACGGCGUGCCAGGGAAAGACGGAGAGCCUGGUCUGUCAGGGAAGCCGGGUGUGGUCGGCCCAGUGGGUACUCCAGGCCUGAAGGGCGAGCAGGGCGACACUGGUCCUCCAGGAGAGUCCAUAGUGGGCCCUCAGGGACCGAAAGGAGAGAAGGGGUCUGCAGGUUUGGUUCUGCCAGGGUUGUCGGGCGAGAGGGGUCUCCCCGGGGAGCAGGGUGAAAAGGGAGAUAAAGGAGUUCCUGGGAACAAAGGAGAGAGGGGAGACUCGGGGGAAGCUGGAGAGCCGGGAGAAGAUGGAGCAAAAGGAGAGCCUGGACCCAAAGGAGACAAGGGAGAGAGGGGAGUGGGACUGCCUGGACCCACAGGCCAACCUGGACCUCAGGGAUUAAAGGGUGACCCAGGACUUCCUGGUCCCUCUGGUCCCCCAGGGCCCCAAGGCAUCGCAGGGAACCCUGGGCUGCCAGGGCUGAGGGGAGAGACAGGGCAGCCCGGUCCCCCAGGACCCCUGGGAGAGAGGGGCCUGCAGGGAUUCCCGGGACGAGACGGAAACACAGGGCAGCCCGGGCCCCCAGGACCCUCUGGGCUGGCGGGCUCUUCAGGACCUGCAGGGCCGAAGGGAGACAAGGGAGAUGUGGGAGUCGGUCUGCCAGGACCACGGGGAGAGAGGGGAGACCAGGGUAGCCGGGGAGAAGAGGGCAGGCCUGGCCUGGAUGGAGAGAGAGGACCCACAGGCCCGCCAGGCAGUCGAGGAGAGAGGGGGGAGAAGGGCGACGUUGGGCCCUUAGGUGAAAAAGGAGACAAGGGCGACACGGUGUCAGUCAGCGGACCGGCAGGACCCCGGGGCAACAAAGGCGAGAAUGGCGAACGGGGCCCGAAGGGCCUGCAGGGGGAGAAGGGGGUGAAGGGUGAGGAAGGACCACCAGGGCAGCAGGGUCCGAAGGGUGAGGCAGGCGAGAGGGGCUCCAUGGGGUUCCAGGGAGCCCGUGGACCUGGCGGACAGAAGGGAGAGGCAGGGCAGCCAGGAAUCCCUGGAGAGCCUGGUGAACCAGGAAAAGACGGUUUCCCGGGACCAAGAGGAGAGAAGGGAGAGAUUGGGAUCAUGGGACUAAGAGGAGUCAAGGGAGACCGGGGCCCCAAGGGUGCUUGUGGGACUGAUGGUCUGAAGGGUGACAAGGGUGACACAGGGAUCUCAGGACGGCCUGGCCUGCCUGGGAGGAAGGGAGAGUCGGGGGAGGUGGGGGCCCCAGGAGUCACGGGGACACCUGGGAAGGAGGGACUGAUUGGCCCCAAGGGUGACAGGGGGUUUGAUGGGCUGCAGGGCCCAAAGGGCGCACAGGGAGAGAAGGGCGAGAGGGGCCCCCCCGGUGUGCCCGGCCCCCCUGGACCCAGGGGCAAUGAUGGCCUACCUGGACUGACUGGACCCCAGGGGCCUGCUGGGAUGAAAGGCCCUGAGGGGCUGCAAGGAGAGAAGGGUGAGCGUGGCCCUCCAGGGCCCUCGAUGGUGGGCCCCAGGGGAAUCCCAGGCAUACCAGGAGACCGAGGCGAGCAGGGCGAUCUGGGUCCUGAUGGACCAAAGGGAGAUAAGGGGGAGUCUGGUAUGACGGAGGAUGAGAUUCGCACAUAUGUCCGCUCAGAGAUGAGUCAGCACUGCGCCUGCGGGGGGAAUUACAGGAUGAAGCCGCCAGUCUUCGACACCUUGGGAGCAGAGACAGAGGUGUCAGAAAGUUUUGUCCCAGACUCCCCAUCCCGCCUGCCUGCCCAGUCCUAUCGCACCCGGCCCAUUCCAGUACUGAAGCUGUCGCAGUCAGGCGAGCAGGGGCGGGAGCUGCGUGUGGUGGUGAAUACAAAUGACCCUGACUACGAGCAUGUAUACUCUGUGGAGAGCUACGAUGACCCCACAGAGGAAGACCUGUUUCCCACCGUCACCUUAACUGAGGGCGAAACCAGUACCAUCGACCCCCGGCAGGCCGUGCGCAGCAGGCGAGCGCUCGCUGGUGAAGCAGACUCCUGCUUGUUGCCUCUGGAGGAGGGCACCUGCUCACGCUACACCCUGCGCUGGUACUUCAACUCUCGGGUGUCCGACUGCCGCCCCUUCAUCUACAGCGGGUGCGGAGGAAACGCCAACCACUUCACCUCUAAAGAGGACUGUCAGCUCCACUGCCAGGGCAAGCGGGCAGACACAGCGCUGGAGAAGAAGGACAGCUGAGAUGGUCAUAGCAAUCCAUCGCUGAGCAGUUUACAAAAUGGACUCCCUUUCACCUCUGCAGUAGGCACCCCAUACUUCUGACACAUCCCUCCCUGCACACACAGACAUGGGGGAAUGAGCUGCACACACUGCCACACACAAAUAAUGCCAGAUGGAGACACAAUCACAAAGAUACUGGGGAAAAGUACACACAAUGAUUGACAUAGAAAACAGACAUGAACAGUGCCAUGUGUGUUGGCCGUACCUAUUUGUUAUGCAAGAGGCAGAACAGGAACAAACUAACAAUUGAAACACUCUUGAUUUUAAACUGCUGAAAGAGCAGACAGUUCCAACUCUAAAUGCAGCAUCAAAGAAGUAUAUUUAAGCAUGUGUUCACAACUGAACUUAGUUUUCCUAAAGAAACAGGAAAAUUUAGUGUUAUGGAAACUGAACCUUACACUAUUUUAUUACACACAGGCAAAUUCAAUUAUAUAUACACUGAAGAUCCAUUAAACUGUCAAAAAAAUAUUUUAAGAAAACUAUAGCAGCAUCUAUUCUCAGUCAUUCCUGAGAUAUUCCACAUGGAAGAAUCCUAGAAUCCCCAAAUAUGAUUUAGUCAGAACUGAUUCUUUGGGAAUGGAUAAAAUGCUUAGUGCCAUGGACACUGUCUUUUUUCAACCAGUGCUGGCUGGAAAUUCAAAGGAAUUUGGAGCAAAACACUGGAUGUCAGCAGCAGAGCUCCUGAACACACAGCCAAUCUUUCAACAGAUUCUCAGACGAAGAUCUAUGUAGAUAUUAUAGAAAAGGGAACAAAGACCCGUUGCCUACAACUUACAUUACACAAUGCUGUUCUGCAGUAGUCAAUUUAAACCAGCACCCUGGACAGCACCUCUCUUUCUGACAGUUCGUCUUUCCCUGAUGAAGGGGGACUAGUGCCCGAGUCUCUCUCAGAGGGGUGUGUGAUGACUCUCAUGUGUGUUAGCCAUCUUCUGCUCUUUUUACCUUCUUUUAAAACCUGUGUGAAAAUCUCAAAUCCUGUUUCGUUUGUGGCCAAAUGGCGAGGCUGAAAGCACAUACCAUGCCACGCCCUCUGCCGCCACGCCCACUGCCUGCCUGUCUGCUCAGACUCUGGCGCCCGGCCAGCAUAUGACCCGAGGUGAGUGCUUGAGCCAGCUGCUCCCUGUGUGUCACCCCAGGUGAGCUCCUCCUGCUGCUCCGUCCUUCACAGGAGGAGUCAGGCACCGGCCACAUCCUUCUCCUGCUGCCUGUUGCACGAGAAUCCUGUUCUUGGAGAGGCAGAGACAUGGGGAAAUCUGGUCCCACAGAAUAGCGCAGUAGUACAGGGAGGGAGCCCAGGAUGUCCACAAC